UUCAACUACUAGUGGUAUUUUCGUUUCGCACCUCGUAUUGGUCUAAAAGUUUGCUAAAGGGUUGUUCGAUACUUGUGAGGCAAAUUAGAAUUGUCAUAUAACAUCACUAUCUCAUGUUGAAUAUGUGAUGCAAUGGAUUCAUUUUUACGUCAUGCAGCUGAAGCCCUUUUAAAUUUCGAUUUGCUUUAAGGUAAUUAUUAUUGUUCGAUAUUUUUAGCAUUCAAGUUGUAAAAGUAAAUGGAUUCUUGUUGUUGGAAAUGAAGCAUGUGAUCUAGAUAGUACAGCAUGUGCACUUGCCUAUGGAUUUUAUAAACAAAUGAAGCUUGAAAAUGAGUUCAUUGUUAUACCUGUAUGUAGUAUCAAUAGAGAGGAUAUGGUUUUGCGCACUGAAGUUACCUUUUGGCUUACUCAAUGUGGUCUCAAAUGGGAAGAGUUGAUUUAUCUGGAUGAUGUUUUCAAUGAAACCUAUUCAAAAGUGAAUGAAAAUGAAUUAUUUUUAAUUCUAGUUGAUCAUCAUUUACCAACGAAAAAGUUUAGUGAAUGGCUAACCAUUGAAAUAAUUGAUCAUCAUCCGUUAGUUAAUACUGAAACCGUUGAAAAUUGUCCUUUUAAGCAAAUUGAUCUUGUCGGAUCCUGUGCCACUCUAAUCACAUUCGAAAUUUUGAAAGGAAUGGAUGGUAAUUAUUUACCAAGCAAUGUAUGGAAGUUGCUUUAUGGUGCCAUACUUAUUGAUACAAUCGGACUUUCUAAUGCUGGUCAAAUGGCUGGACGAUUAACAGAAUUAGAUCUUCGCAUGGCUAAUCGUAUCGAAGAUAUCAUUUACAAUCAGAUUUUCACUCCAAAUGUUUCAAGAAAUUCCUUAUUUACUCAACUGGAAACAGCAAAAUUUACUGUUGAUGGGCUAUCUACAUGGAAUUUAUUACGUCGUGAUAUGAAAAUUGUUUCUAGUCCAAAUAAAGAUGCGUUCCAAUUUGUGUGCUCUACUGUAUCUGGAGUUGAUUUUACGGUGUUAAUUAAUUCUCCUGACUUUACUGAAGCAGCCAAUCAGAUAUGUGCUAAAUACAAUGCCAAUUUACUUGUUUGUCUUACUGUUGGUUAUCCCUUAUCGGAAAGUUCAUCGAUACCUUCAUCGGAGUUGACAACUUUUCGAAGAAGAGCUCUGAUUUUGUAUAAUAUGAAUUUUCCUGCUGGACGUUAUAGUGAUCUGAUUAAAUUUCUCCUGAAUCCGAAGCUUGAUCUAGAUUUACUUCCUCAGUCUGUCCCUGAUUUCAGUCAUUUUAUAGCAAUUGUGAAUAAUGUCAGAAUGACACGUAAAAUCCUACUACCUUUAUUGGUACAGUUUCUUCAGCAAUUGGGGUCUCCAAGUGAUACUGGAACUUCCGAUAACAAUUCCAAGAAUGAUAUCGAGAAUAAUGAUGAUUGUAACAAUGUUGUUAUGGAGUCAGACACAAGCAAUAAUAUCUCUUCAACAAAUACUAAGAGUUCACAUUCACUUGAUACAACUCCCAAGUGUUCAUCGGAUCUGAAAGAUAAGGUGAGGAAUGCUACUGAAUUUGCUCUAAGAGAUGUCAUUUCUUCUCUGAAGAAGUGGCUUUUACCUUUAAAUCCUCAUGAACGAUGUGAAUUUCUGAGAUCCUUUUGUCAAAGCUCUCUAAAAGCAAAUGAUAGUCCAUCACUGGACUUACUGAAUAGUUUAUGGACCAGUAUUUGGUAUGAAACUAGAAAAACUUCUAAAACUGUUAAAUCUGCCGUUGGUACACAAACACCUACACCGAAAUCAAUGUGGUUGAAGUCACACCAAACCAGACGUGUUGCGAGUAUGGUUCAAGGUAAUAGUUCAGCAAUAAAAGCAAUUUCAGGUAAAAUGGGAGGGUUCAAAUCCGCUCGACGUUUUACCUUAUCAGAUACCAACGAUCUUACAUUAUAUAAUGAAAAUAUAUCUAAAGCUCGGGUCGAUCUCUCAUCAUCACGUUUUGUUCAUCGUAUAUCUGAUGAACAUUUAUGUGUUUCCGAUUCUGAAAAUACUAAACCAAGUUGGUUAGAGACUGAAUAUUUGACUCGCAUUCCUGCCUGGUUACCGUCUACUUUAACAUCAACUUCUUUAGAUUCAGCCGAAGCAGUCAGCUAUAGACUUUAUCGUCGUUUGUCAGGAAUGCCGUUGUCCAAGGAUUCCGAAGAUGAAGUGUCUUAUGGUCACACAUCGUUUCAAAGAGAUAAUCAUGAUGUUCACAUCAUACAUGAUAAAGAUCAGGACAUUGAUUAUAAUAAACUUGAAGAUGAUGAAUUAGCUUUACUUCGAACAUCACUUACAGAUUGUCGACAAUUGUUCAUAGAUAAACAAACAUCAACGUCUAAUUUAUCCAAUUAUACUAGCUGGCUUUCUAGUCAUCCGGAUCAUAUUACCGAACAAGGUCUUAAAUUUCUUAAGUUAGGUUUCGAUCUUCAGCCUGCGAAAACUGAAGAUAUAGGUAUGAUACUAAAAAUGACUAAAUCAAUACUUAAUAACGAACAACAAAGUCACCCGUCUUUUCAUGUUACAUUUGAUCUUGGCUGUACAGAAGAUUCCAAAUUAAUAAUAUCAGACGAAUUGUAUUUCCCACAUGAAAGGACCCUAAAUGUCAUUGGACAGUGGAUGAAUAAUUCCAUGAAACCAAAUACAAUUCAAUUAUUGUUAAUUCAUCGAAAAUUGAAUAAUAAUUAUAACAUUAAUUGGUUAAAACAAUUUAUUUCCAAUUAUUCACAUGUUACUCGUGUUAGUUUUAUAAAAUUUACAUUAAAUUUCUUCUCAAAAAUAUAAUCAUUUUCCCUUUCUGUAUACGUUAAAUGUUUAGUUAAUUUAUACUGAUACUCUUCUGACUAUACAUUAUUUUAUUACAUAAUCAUUAUUAGUUAUUUUAUGCUUUUCUUGUUGUUUAUAGUUUCACUUAUUUCUUGAAUUUGUCGUUGUUGUUAUUCUCUUUCUUUUUUCUUCUUUUUUUGUUUCAUUAUUUCACAAUUGUUUUUUUUAAUAUUAUUAUCAAUUAGUUCUAUGUUUGUUUUAACAAUUGUUGUUUACAUUUUCAAAUCAAUAAUUUCAGUUUCAUUCUGUUUACUUUGAUUGUUUACAUUUUUUAUGUUUACAUCUAGAAUAUUUCUGUUUUAUAUUCAUAUCGUUAAUAAUGAUACUACUAAUAAAAAUUUCAUGUUCUGUCU